AUGAUGGCAGGGGAGGAGGAGGAGCGACGGGGAGCGUGCGAGCUGCCGCCGAUCACACCGAGAGGAGGAGAACGACUGAUCUCCCCUCGUCCUCCUCCUCUCCCUUCCGAGAGCAGCUCGAGAGGAGGCAGGGCGAUCGUGGCUGGAGGCGGCAAGUUCCGACGAGACAACCUUGAGCUGCUGGAGGAGAGAUGGAGGAAUAGGAAGGCCCCGGCGACACGAGAGAGCGCUCCUCCUCCUCCCCGCGCCUUCAAGAUCUCUUCCUCUUCGGUGCCUCCUGUGCCUGUGCCGACGGCUGUUGAAGGGAGCGCAAGUUCCUGGGUGGAGCGGCAGCUGGAGCAGGUAAGGUUGUUUGCUUCAACACAGCUCGCGAGCUCCACAAAGCAGGAGGAGAGUGUCCGAAUUCUCUCGACGCUGCUGGCAGAGCUCAAGGAAAGGAAGUUUGAGUCGGCGGAGAGCGAGCAAGCGGAGUCAGAUGCCAAGGAGCAAGACCACGAGCGAGAGAUGGCCGAGUUCCAGGCCAUGAUGGCAGGGAACGACCUUGAAGCAGCGGAGCAGAAGCUCAAGGAGAUCAUUGCUGCUGCUGAAGAAGAUGGAGAGAUCGACGAGAACGAGCAAGCACAGAUCGACCAGGCCAAGGAGCACCUCCGCGCCAUGCAGGAGAAGAAGCGAGCCGCGGAGCAGCUCAAAGAAGAGCUGGAGAGAAAGGCAGCAGAGAAGGCCGAGCUGGCAGCGCUGAUGGCUUCCAACGACGUGAAGGCAGCGGAGAAGAAGCUGCGGGAGAUUAUAGCUGCAGCUGAAGAAGAUGGGGAGAUCGACGAGGAGGAGAUGAAAGAGAUUCAGAAAGCUCAGAAGGACCUGGAGGCGCUGAAGAAGAAGCAGGAGAGGCUGGACAAGAAGGUCAAGAGAGCUAAGGAGGAGGUGGAAACAAAGAAGCUCCCUCCCCACCGAGAGGAAAGGGUUAGGAUCUCCAUGGCGGCCAAGCAGACCGCGCAGGAGAGGCUGAGACUGGCAACGGAGCUGCGUGCUCUCAAAGGGAAGUACGAGGAGCUGGCUGCCGACUACAAAAAGCAGAUGUCGGACAUUCAGAAGGUGGAGGAAGCGUUCGCCCUGACCCUGCUCGAGCUGCAGACGUCGAGGGAGCUGGUAGUCGAGCUGAAAAAAGAGCUGGCAGAGAAGGUGCAGGAGAUAAACAUGCUGAAGAAGGAGAAGAGCAGACUGGAAAAUGAGGUUGAGAAGUAUUCGCAGCUUGCCAACGUCAGGAAGACACAACUUGUCGAGUUGAAACAAGCUUUCGACACUGUGAGGGCCAAGUGGGAGAAGGAGAACGGCGUGCUUACCUCGCAGCUAGACUCGGUCACUCAGAAGUUGGCGACUGUGUCCAAGGAGCUCGAGGAGGAGAGAAGGGAGAAGGAGAAGCUGGAGAGGAGCAGCAGGCGCAACGAGGAUCUCGCGAGGCUGGAGAAGGACUCGGCGAUGCUGGAGAGGACCAACGGUGACAAGCUGAGAAUCAGAUGCAUAGAGCUGGAUGAGGAGCUGAGUGAUGCGCAAACACGGUGCUCCCGGCAAGAGAGGGAGCUGGCGAAGCUGGAGGGCGAGAACUCGAGCCUGAAGCAACACCUGCAAGAAGCUGCUCUGUGGCACCAGGCUCGAGUUGCUGCUCGACCAACCACGAAGAAGCUGCUGACGCUGCCGGUCGACGCGCAGGAAGUGACAAUGCCACAGGUGUCGCUCUUUCUCAUAACGAGUCUCUCAAGGGUUCUGCGUAUCACGGAGUGUCCCAUCGGGCGCGAGUCGUUGAAGCUUCUGACGAGCUCGAAGAGAGCUGGGCUUCACUUGUACUUCUAG